AUGACAGGAUCUUUGGAUUCCUCUGUUCCGCCGGGUUCCACGGAGAACACUAGCUUCAGCAGCGAUAAGAUUGUCGUAACCCCCAUAGUAGCGGACGGGAUCAUUCGCCUGGACGCGAACGAAGCUUCUCGGAAGGCGGCCUUUCCGUCUCUCUCAUUCGCAGAACCACCAGCCAGAGAGCAGCGACUAGGAGGCGUUGAUUCGGGAAAGGAGGAGCUCUCUAUCGAGGAUGUGCUUGCAGGGGUUGCUGCUUCUGUCAAAUUCAGCUUGCGAAACGACCAGCAAGUGGUUACCAUCCAGCUACCCGAGGGGUCGUCCUUCUAUGGAACCGGGGAGGUGGGAGGGCCUCUUGAGAGGAGCAAGAAACGGAUCUUCACAUGGAACACGGACUGCUGGGGCUUCAACGGCAGCACUCCCUCGCUCUACAUGUCCCACCCCUGGGUCUUUGCCUUGCUGCCUGACGGCCGCUGCCUCGGCUUCCUGGCUGACACCACCCGGCGCUGCGAGGUGGACCUAAGAGCCGCGCCCACCCUCAGCUUCACAGCAUCUGCUCCCUUCCCGCUCAUCCUCUUCGGCCCCACUGCCUCUCCCUCGCACCUCCUGCAGCUCCUCGCCAACGCCAUCGGGCCUCUCCCUCUCCCUGCGCGCUGGGUGCUGGGCUACCAGCAGUGCCGCUUCAGCUACGAGUCUGCUGCCAGGGUGGAAGAGGUCGCCAAGACAUUCAGGGAAAAGAAGAUUCCAUGUGAUGUCAUGUGGAUGGACAUAGACUACAUGGAUGGUUACAAGAGCUUCACCUUUGAUCCGGUCACCUACCCUGACCCGCUUGGGCUGGCGCGGUUUUUGAACGAGGCGGGCUUUAAGGCCAUCUGGAUGCUGGACCCAGGGAUCAAGGAGGAGCAGGGGUACGGUCCGGUGGAGUCCGGUGAUGCGGCUGAUGUGUGGAUUCUUAACGCGGAGGGAAAAUCAUUCGUGGGUGACGUGUGGCCUGGCCCCUGCAAGUUCCCUGACUACACGAUGCAGCGAGCGAGGGAGUGGUGGCGAGACAUGGUGGCAGAUUUCGCUAAGGAGGGGGUGGAUGGCAUUUGGAACGACAUGAAUGAACCCACUGUGUUCCGGGCUGUGAAUAAGACCAUGCCGGACGACAACAUCCACAGGGGGGACGGCGACAUGGGCGGCACUCAGAAUCACCUGCACUACCACAACGUAUACGGCAUGCUCAUGGCUCGAGCCACCAGCGAGGGUCUAGAAAAGGCUCUCCCCGACAAGCGCCCGUUUGUGCUGACUCGAGCGGGGUUUAUCGGCAGCCAGCGCUACGCUGCAUCGUGGACUGGCGACAACCUGGCCACCUGGGAGUACCUCCACAUGAGUGUUCCCAUGGCGCUCAACAUGGCUCUGAGCGGCCAGCCUCUGAACGGGCCAGACAUUGGUGGGUUUGCCUUGAACGCCACUCCGCGGCUGUUCGCACGGUGGAUGGGCAUCGGGGCUCUGCUGCCCUUCUCCCGGGGGCACUCGGAGAAAGGGACAAAGGACGCCGAACCAUGGGUGUUUGGGGAAGCGUGUGAGGGAGUGUGUCGCAAGGCCAUUGAGCGACGAUACCGCCUGUUGCCACACCUCUACACGCUCUUCUACCAUCACGAUAACACCGGCAGCCCAGUCAUCUCGCCUCUCGCCUUUGCUGACCCAUCGAACCCAGCACUGCGGGCGGUGGAGGAUCAGUUCCUGCUGGGCCCUCUGCUUGUCAUGACAUUCACAGAGCGCAGCAAGUUCGCCGACCCGUCAGCAGCCAAUUUGAGGCUGCCACCUGGCACGUGGAGGCGCUUUCACUUCCAUGAUUCUGACCGGGACCUCCCGCUUCUCUUCCUGCAAGGAGGCGCCAUUUUACCCACAGGACCCAUUGCUCAGAAUACUCAGGAGCUCCAUAGAGAAGAUCCAGUCACACUGCUAAUCAGCCUCGGCGAAUCAGGUGCCAGUGAGGGCCAGCUAUUCGAGGACGAGGGGGAUGGGUUUGGGUACAGGGCAGGGGAGUUUCUGCUGACCAGUUACGUGGCGACACGUGGCACGGGGGAGGGUGGGCUGCCAGUGGUGGAAGUCAAGGUUGCAAACGAGGAAGGUUCCUGGAAUCGGCCCCGGCGGAAGCUGGCUGCUCGUGUGCUGCUGGGAGAUGGUGCCUAUGUGCAAGCUGAGGGGUGGGAUGGCGAAGUGAUCUCCGUCCCGCUGCCCUCUGCUGCUGAGGCAGACACUAUGGUGGCAGCUGCAGUGGAAGAAGAGAAGGCGCUCAUGGAAGCCGCUCCUAUACUGCCAGAUGGGGCAAAGGAGGAUGGGGAGGAGGGAGGGGGCGAGGCCCUGGCAGCAACGAACAUGGCAGCGGGCGACCUGCAGUGCCACGUGGUGCUGAAGCAUGGAGGGAGACUUGACUCUCUUUUCCACUACCCCUCAGGUCAGGAGCUGCUGGAGUCUCGCUUUGAAGAGGGUGGGUACGAGGAGUAUUCAGAGAGCGAGUACCGUUCGCCAGGCUGUCAGGAGCAAUACCACGUGGUGUGUGAGCAGAGGGAUCACAGCACAGGCGGCAGCCAUCGCAUGAUCGUGCAGGGAGACAUAGGCAGUGGGCUCAUCAUGCGCCGCUGCUUCUCCCUCGGCCAACCCAUCCCCACCUCUUGGGCUGCCGCCACCACCACUUCUGCCGCCGAUGCCAAGUCCCUGACUCUGGGUCAGGAGCAGCGCGCCUCUUCUCUGAGUGGCGGGUCGGAUGGACCAAUGACGGAUGGACCAGCAUCGGUCGAUGUAGCCAUGUCAGCCCUGCCGUCGACGCCCAAUCAGCUGCACGUGACGUCAGCGAUCAUAGCAGCUGCUAUUGGCGCUGGCUCGGGAGGGUUCUCGCGCCUCGCCUGUCUGCGUGCGCACCCCUCCUUCCGAGUGGUGCACUCCUUCUCCUCCGCCACUCCGCACGUGCGCUUCACAUCCAUCAAGGGCGCAGAGGUGACAAUCAAGCCAGACGUACAGGAGAUCUGGCUGAGAGGCGACGACCGACCCAACGGAGAGUGGUCCCUAGUGGACCCGGGCACGGGUCGCACCGUGGUCAACCGAUUCAAUUUGAGUCAAGUGCAGGCGUGCUUCAUCUACUGGGGCAGUGGGUUCUGCAAUCUGGAGCUGGUUUCAGAGGAGAGGCCUGUGUCGGUCGAAACUCCACUCAGGAUUGAUCACGCAUACAGCAUUGAGACAGUGGCCGAGUGA